AUGGCGUCACCGGCAAAGCUGGUUAACGCCGAUACCGGGUUAAUCAGCCGCGAAAUUUUCGUAAACCAGGACAUCUACCACCAGGAACAGGAGCAGGUGUUUGCCCGCGCCUGGUUGUUUGUGGGUCACGAGGCGCAGGUCCCGAAACCUGGCGACUAUUUCGUCUCCUCUAUGGGCGAGGAGUCGGUUAUUCUGAGCCGGGACCGGGAAGGGUGGCUCCAUGUCUUCCUGAACUCCUGUAUGCACCGGGGCAUGAAGGUGUGCCGCUACGACGAGGGCAACACCCCCGUCUUCACCUGCCCAUACCACGGUUGGAGCUACGCCAACGACGGCAAGCUCGUCGGCGUACCCUAUUUUAAGGAUGCCUAUCAUCAGGAACUGGACAAGUCCAAGUGGGGUCUGAUUGAAGUUCCCCAGAUGUUCAACUACAAGGGCAGUAUUUGGGCCACUUGGGACGAUUCUGCACCUCCGUUCCUGGACUAUAUCGGGGAAUUCAAACUCUACCUGGACCUGUUGAUGGACAGCUGGGACGGUGCAGAGGGCGGGCACCGAGAAAACUUUAUUGGCGACCGUUACCACAACAUCAGCCAUCGCUCGGUUGACCUGGUGGGCAUUGGGCCCAGCGGCACCGGUCGCCGCGACCAGGGUGAAAGGGCUGGCGCCCGAUUGCUGGACGUGAGUUUUCCGGAGCGUGGUCACGGGACGGUGAUGGCUCUUCGACCAACGGACGCUCCCAUACCCCAGGCGUACCAGGACUUGCCAAUCCUGUCCGAGUACUUCCGGCACUGCGAGGAAGAAAGGAAACAAAAGGACGGUCAGCUUUGGCGAAUGCUGGGCGGGCCGGGCACCGUUUUCCCCAACAUGUCCUACCUGCCGCGUCAGCCCAGGAGCAUCGCAGUAUGGCACCCCAGGGGCGUCAACCAGACCGAAGUAUGGCGUUGGUUCAUGGUGGAUGCCCAUGCGCCCCAGGAGGUCAAGGACUACCUGAGGCAUUACUACAUCCGGUACUCGGGACCCGGGGGCCUGACCGAGCAGGAUGACAUGGAAAACUGGAACUACGCCCACUCGGCCAGUAGCGGGGUCGUGGCCCGUCGUCAUGCCUACAAUUACGAGAUGGGCCUGGGACACGGUACGCCCGCCUACGAAAACGACGGGUUGAAGCUGCCGGGACUGAUCCUCGACACCACCGAGGCCAGGGCCGCGGAACAAAACCAGCGAGGCUUUUACCGCCGUUGGGCGGAGUUCAUGGACGCCGAUGGCUGGGGCAGCCUGGCCAACUGGCAGAACGGCAACAGCCACGGCUAA